AUGGGGCCGGAGAAGAAAAAUGAUAUGAAUGUACAGUGCGCAAGAGGUGACGUGCAGUCGGCCCCCCCAAGCAGCCCAGGCGGCGGCUGCGGCCCAGGCGGCUGCGGCGGCGGGCGCGGAGCGCUGGGACCCCAAGGAGCAGAAGACGGCCUGCUGCGCACGCCCGCCUCCGGGAAGGUGGGGGCUGGGAGGCGACCCUCUGCCCCCGCCCCCACCGGGCUCAGAAAGAUGGACUGGCACCAGCUUUGCAUCUGGCUCCAGAGGGAAGCGGAAAGCGAGAGGCGGCUCUCGAAGCUUGCCAACCUUCCUGCGCCAUCAACUUCUCAGGAGUGGCUGGAGAAAGACAAGACUUGAACAGUGCUGGACAGAGCUGAGCAGUGCUGAAGAGUUCAAAAGAUGACACCUUUAGGUACC